AUGUGCCAAUACGAAGUCAUCCACUUCGAAUGCGGCCACUCGGGUCGCCGUCUCAUCAAACAUUGCCAUUUCGCCCGCAACGACGCCAAUCAUCACUGUUUCAGCGCAUGGGUCGUCAAACGCGAAUGGAGGAGUUUGCAGGUGUGUCAGGGGUGUGGACAACAGGCCGAUGUCAGGAGGAAUCAGCAGGCGCAGUUGAGGUUGUGA